CCAGCGCCCAGGACGUGGGACUUUACGAGACAGGCGACGCUGCGCAGCCUGCAGGACGAAGCGACUGGGGGAAGAAAGCGAUCGAGCGACAGGUUCCUAGUUUUAUCGACCUGGCGGAGGCUCCAUCCUUUCAAUAGGGGCACUCUCACUCUAGUCCCCUCCCCGUCCUCCCGACCCGAUCCCGACCGUCACGAAGCAUCCUCUCCCCGAAAGCUUCCCUGUGAGCCGUAAUGGCAGGGCGCCCGUCGCGACCCAACGGCCAACCGCAGCCCAGCAAGGUGUGCCAGUUCAAGCUGGUGCUCCUGGGGGAGUCCGCCGUGGGAAAGUCCAGCCUGGUGUUGCGCUUCGUCAAAGGGCAAUUCCACGAGUACCAGGAGAGCACUAUUGGAGCCGCAUUCCUCACGCAGUCGGUGUGCCUGGACGAUACCACAGUCAAAUUUGAGAUCUGGGACACGGCAGGCCAGGAGCGCUACCACAGCCUGGCACCCAUGUACUACAGAGGAGCCCAGGCAGCCAUUGUGGUCUACGAUAUCACCAAUACGGAGACGUUUGGGCGUGCUAAGACCUGGGUGAAGGAGCUCCAGAGACAAGCCAGCCCCAACAUUGUGAUUGCCCUGGCAGGGAACAAAGCGGACCUGUCUGCCAAGAGAGCUGUGGAGUAUGAGGAGGCACAGGCAUAUGCAGACGACAACAGCCUCCUGUUCAUGGAGACCUCCGCCAAGACCGCAAUGAACGUCAAUGACCUGUUCCUGGCCAUAGCCAAGAAAUUGCCAAAAAGUGAGCCACAGGGCGGGGGAGGGGCCAACGCGGGCCGAGGAGGCAGAGCGGGUGUGGACCUGAGUCAGCCCAGCCAAUCAAGCAAGAGCCAGUGUUGUGGGAACUGAGGGGAGAGGGAGAGACAGAGGGAGGGAGGGAGAGAAAGAAGAAGGGAAAAGGGAAUAG